UUCUUGACAUGUAUAUAAUCACCAUAUAACUGUUUCCAAAUUGUAGAUGGUAAUGCAAAAAUCUGAUGAGGAGGGAGAUGGUUCUGUUUCCAGCAACUAGAUUUAGUUAUAACAUAAGGGGAUUGAUUAUUGUUAUUGUUAUUGAUCCUUCUUCUCCUGUUGAAUUGGAUUGAGAGUUAGUUGGUCAAAAGGUGUUAUGGGUUUUAGAAAAUUAAUAAAAACAGGUGGGCUUUGUCUGUACAUGUCCUUAAAUUAUUUGUUUUGGGAGUAGUUUAAUAUCGAAUGAUACGUUUACACGUAAAAAGUCUUUUCUUUUGAGUCGUCGUCUCAGGAAAGAUGAGAUUCGUUUCUAGGAGAGGUUGACUUUUUCAAUCCACACUUAUAACUCUAGAAUCUUAUGUCAUUGAUGACGACCUCCUCUACACUUUUGGAUUUGUAUGUUUACAAAGGAAGGAAGGAUUACCUUAGAACAGUUUAUGUGAUGUUUGUGUCUUUCUAUUUUUAUUCAAUGAAAUUUCUUUACAUGUACAUAGAUUAGCUAUAUUGACAUGAAUCUAACUGAUUUUUUUGUUUGCAAAAUAACAAAUUAGUGAGGGGAAUUUUGUUUCAGUCAAUAAAUCCGUGAUUUCUAUAUGUUAGAUGGAUAACAAUGCAAUAAAUAAAGGGGACCCAAUAAAAAAAAAGGAAAGAGAGACGUGCCUGUGGGUAGUGGGUGGUGGUGAGAAGAUUCUGGAAAAAUGGGAGCAAUUCAAGCUCGUCUUCCCUUGUUCCUUUCUCCCCCUUCUAUAAAACACCAUACCUUCCUUCAUUCUUCUUCAUCCAAUUCCAAUUUCAAAAUCAGAUCCAACAAAUCUUCUUCUUCUUCUUCUUCUUCGAUCAUCAUGGCCAGUAUCAAGGUUCACGGAGUUCCCAUGUCCACCGCCACAAUGCGCGUCCUCGCUACUCUUUACGAGAAAGAUCUCCAGUUCGAGCUCAUCCCCGUCGAUAUGAGAGCCGGUGCCCACAAGCAAGAGGCCCACCUUGCCCUCAACCCCUUCGGUCAAAUUCCUGCUCUCGAGGACGGUGAUUUGACGCUUUUCGAGUCAAGAGCCAUCACACAGUACCUAGCAGAGGAAUACAGUGAGAAAGGUGAAAAGCUUAUCUCCCAAGACUGCAAGAAAGUCAAGGCAACCACUAACGUAUGGCUUCAAGUUGAAGGUCAACAGUUUGACCCUAACGCCUCUAAGCUUGCCUUCGAGCGUGUCUUUAAAGGCAUGUUCGGCAUGACCACUGACCCUGCCGCUGUCCAAGAGCUCGAAGGUAAGCUCCAGAAAGUCUUGGAUGUCUACGAGGCUAGGCUCGCCAAAUCUGAGUUCUUGGCUGGUGAUUCCUUCACUCUUGCUGAUCUUCACCACCUCCCAGCCAUCCAUUACUUGUUGGGUACUGACUCCAAGGUGCUCUUUGACUCUCGCCCUAAGGUUAGCGAGUGGAUUAAGAAGAUCUCUGCCAGGCCUGCUUGGGCUAAGGUUAUUGACCUCCAGAAGCAGUAGUGACCCUCUCUCUUUCUUCACUUCUUUUCUUUUCCUUUUGCCCAAAUAAACGAGUCCAGUGAUUUUCUUUUCUUGGCUUAUGUACUUGUGUUUUCAGUAUUAUUUAUGUCAUCAUCAUCCUCCUCUUUUGUGUUAUUGUUGGGUUCAUUCACAUUUGUGCAAUUAAAAACCAGAGUUUAAACGCCAAAUUUGCAAAACCGUUACAUUUUACCAAUGAAG